UUUUCAAACCCCGGCCUGGCCCGUUUCGCCAUUUGCGGGGCGGCGGCGGCGAGUCUGGGCUCGCCCGUCAUGGAGAGCGACCCGCUGGCUGACAAGCCCCCUCCCAGGCCUGGCAGGAAGGGCCGGCGGCGGCCCAGCGCAGCCGGAGCCGCUCCCGAGAGGCGCAGCGGGGACGGCGUCGCGGUCCCGGAGACCCCUGGCGGCACCGAGCAGGCCGCGGCUGUGGUGGCCUCCUGUGGGCGAUACCCUCUGAGACGAGGAAGCUCGUUCACGUUCCUGACUCCUGGGCCGCACUGGGAUUUUACUCUGAAGAGGAAGCGGAGGGAGAAAGAUGACGACGUCCUCAGCCUUUGUAGCCUCGAUCUUAAGGAACCCAGCAACAAGCGCAUCCGACCUCUGGCGCGGGUCACCUCCUUGGCAAACCUGAUUUCGCCUGUCAGAAAUGGUGCAGUGCGUCGAUUUGGGCAGACGAUACAGUCCUUCUCCCUCCGCGGCGACAACAAAUCUCCAAGCAGCACCCAAAAGCCCUGCAGCCGUUCGGCUGCCCCGACGCCUCCCAAGAGGAGGAACAGUGUGCUGUGGUCUGAGACGCUGGAUGUUAACAUGAAGGAGACGCUGAGCGCCAAAGAGAUCAAGCGCCAAGAGGCGAUAUACGAACUGUCCCGGGGUGAGCAGGAUUUGAUCGAGGACUUGAAGCUUGCCAGAAAGGCCUACCACGACCCGAUGCUGAAACUGUCCAUUAUGUCUGAGGAAGAGCUCACCCACAUCUUUGGGGACCUGGAUUCUUACAUCCCUCUGCACGAAGACCUUCUGGCCAGACUGGCUGAAGCAACGAGACCGGACGGCACAGUGGCGCAAAUCGGGCCCAUUCUCGUGAAGUGGCUGCCGGGACUGAACGCGUACAAGGCCUACUGCAGCAACCAGUUGGCGGCGAAGGCCCUCCUGGACCAGAAGAAGCAAGACCCGAGAGUGCAGGAUUUUCUCCAGCGCUGCCUCGAGUCUCCCUUCAGCCGCAAGCUGGAUCUCUGGAGCUUCCUGGACAUCCCACGGAGUCGUCUGGUGAAGUACCCUCUGCUCUUGAAGGAGAUCUACAGGCAUACGCCCAACGAUCAUCCGGACGUCCAGGUCCUGGAAGAAGCGAUCUCCAUAAUCCAAGGAGUCCUGUCCGACAUCAACUUGAAGAAAGGGGAAUCGGAGUGCCAGUACUACGUCGAUAAACUGGAAUACCUCGACGAGAAGCAGAAGGACCCACGGAUCGAAGCCAGCAAGGUGCUCCUGUGCCACGGAGAACUGAAGAACAAGAAUGGCCACAAGCUCUACGUCUUCCUCUUCCAAGAUAUCCUGGUUCUGGCUCGGCCCGUCACGCGCAACGAGCGGCAUUCUUAUCAAGUGUACCGCCAGCCGAUACCUGUUCAGGACCUGGUUCUGGAGGAUUUGCAAGACGGCGACGUGAAGAUGGGGGGAUCCUUCCGGGGUGCAUUUGGCAAUUCCGAUAAAGCCAAGAACAUCUUCCGCGUCCGCUCCAGAGACCCCUCCCCGGGCCAGUCGCACACGCUCCAGGCCAAUGACAUCUUCCACAAGCAGCAGUGGUUCAACUGCAUCCGCUCGGCCGUCGCGCCCUACCAGCCACCCGUCGGGACCCCGGAGCUGAAGGACCUGCCCAAGCUCAGCGAGGAGGCGGAAGAGAACAACCCCUCGGUGUCCAGCGCCAAAAUCCAGCGGCGGCAAUCCACCCUCUGCCACAUGGAGCUGGACGAGAACAGCUCCGAGUGUGGCUCUGGGACGGACACGAGCGAGGAGCCCAAGGCCGCCAGAAGCUUCCGGAUACACUCGGGGCUCCGCCGGACGAGGGAGAAGGCCCGGCUGAGCUGCAAACGGAAAGAGACUCUGGUGUGAAGAAGCCGCCGCUGCCUCCUUCUCUGAAGGCCUUUUCUCCACUGUUUAUUUAUAAAUAAGAAAGUGUACAUUUUCUUUCCUGUCAUGCGAGAAGGGCAGGGAUUGCUCUUCUGAAAAUACCUUUUUUGGGGGGGGUGGGGUUUUCUGUGUGAGGGUAUGUGUUGUUGUUUUUUCCUUGUAUGGCAGCUACUGGUUCUCAGCAACCGUUGUUCAACUGGAGUCUGAGUCUGAUUAAAAAAAAAUAAGGAUUGUGAUUUUUUGUUCCAUGGGCAGUCAAAGACUCCAAAGUUCUCAAAAGUGUUAUUUUGUGUGUGUGUGUGGGGGGGGGGGGGGCAGCAUUUUGGAACAGGCCACAGUGCUCACGGGACGAUUCUGUAAGAUGUCCACAUUUUUUGUGCUUUGUAGUACAAAGGAAACAUCCUCCUUAAACAUCUGGCGGCCGGCCGGCCCCCACCCACCCGAUCAGCUUUGCAAAAUGAUGGGAAUUUAAAAUUGGAGUAUUCUGGAGUGUUGUGUUGCUUCCAGUAUGAGAUAGCGCAGCUCUAAUGGAUACAACAGUCCACCAGAUCUGGAGCAGUCGAGUGAAAGCCAAUGUGACUACUCUAGAGGAAAUGGCCUAGAUCCCGCAGUUUGUAUUCCUUAAGCAAAGACUCCUGUGUUUGAACAGAUUCUCUGUUCUGCUGACUGGAAUUUCCUGUCUCCCUUUUUAUUGUUUUGUUGUACAUUCCUUCUGUGAAUUGACACUACCUGCCUGGAAUUCAAUCUUUUUUUUUAUUACCGUUAUUAUUAUUAUUAUUUGAAUUAAGUUCGUGGAGAUUUCUUUUUGUACUUUGUCAGUGUAUUUCUCAGUUUGGGUUCUCUCCCCCCCCCCUUCUUUUUAAGUACUUGAUGGUGUGUUUAAGUUUGUCAUGUAUAUUUCAAAGCCAGUUCCAAACUUUUACCAUGUGAAAAAAGCCAUAAUACUCAUGAGCCAGUCGGAAACGGUAGAGCCGAGUUCCCACCUUCCAACUGGGCUAGAGUGGCUGUACCAUUAAAGUAGGUCUAGACCUGCCCGGAGGGGGUGGGGGGUGGGGGCGGGCAGCGUUGCAACCCCCUUUCUGUUUAAAGGCCCCGGAGAACCGCUCUGAUCAGGAAGAGACCAUUUUAACAGGUGGGCUGGAUUGUUUGUAGCAUUUUGGGAUGGACGCAGCAGGCCUGUUCUAGAGCCGUUUGUUCCGAAAGGGAACCGCAGUAGACAGCCCAGAAAGGUUUAGGAAUGUAGCAGAAGAGUCGAGCAAAGGGAAAAGUAGACCAUGAAGAGUGGGAAAGGAUGAGGUCGUUCAGUAAGGUCGUGAAAUGACCUAUGCCAAGGAGAAAAGCUCAGGGUAUGUUGUAAGAAGGUUGGGAAGAGGUAUCAGCAGAGCAGCAGGGAAAAGGAAAUGAUAAGGUCUGUGUACUUGGAAGUUUUUGGGAGGGGGCCCAGAGUUUAGGGGAGGGCCCUUUCCUUCAGUUAUUUUGCAAAUUAGCAGCGAGCAGGCCUGUGCGGUUCUAAUAACAUGAGCACCCAAUCACACCACCCUCAAGCGCAACCCAGAAAUGGUCCCGGCAAUGCAGUUCCGGAAGCAAAUGUAAAUAAGCAACCAAAGCAACGUGGUGCUCUGUAAAUGUCUGUACAGCGUCGGUACCGGAGUACAAUUAAACUCUUUUGGCAAAAGUU